AUGCAUGGCCGAAUUCGAAGUGCACCACCCGGAAGUCCACUGACGCCCGAACCUGUCAUCCUGGACCCGUCGCACCCAUUCACACAGAUGCUCCUUCAGCAGUUCCAUGUCUGGCAUGGACACCAUGGUCAGGACAGUGUGGCAAACGACGUCCGCCAGACGUAUUGGGUCUUGAAACUACGCACAGCCGUCCGCCGUACCUGGACCGUAUGCCAGCAGUGUAAAAAUGAACGCGCGCAGCCAACACCACCUCAGAUGGGACAGAUUCCCGACGCACGCGUUGCCACGUUCAUCCGCCCGUUCACACAUUGCGGCAUGGACUAUUUCGGGCCACUGACAGUCACUAUCGGACGACGUCACGAGAAGCGGUACGGCGUGAUAUUCACCUGCCUUACGACCCGAGCUGUACACCUGGAGCUGUCACACGACUUGACAACAGACUGUACCAUCAUGGCAAUUCGCCGGUUGAUCAGUCGCAGAGGGUGCCCUGGAGUUAUCUACUCGGACAACGGCACCAACCUACGAGGUACAGCAAGAGAACUCAAGGAAUCAUUGGACCAGCUGGACCAGACACGCCUCACAGCUGAGCUCACACCGAGAGGAAUCAAGUGGGAGUUCAAUCCUCCGGCAGCCCCGCACAUGGGGGGAGCGUGGGAGCGACUAGUGAGGUCUGUGAAAACCGCCCUGAGAGCCGUGCUCAAGGAACGUGCUCCGCGUGAGGAUACACUCAUCACGCUACUUACAGAGGUUGAGGCGAUACUCACCAGCCGGCCGCUCACACAUGUGUCCUCUGACCCAACUGACGACAACAGCCUGACGCCGAACCACUUCCUCCUAGGGACGCCAUCAGCAGCACCAGUGCCCGGAGUAUUCAGUGGUGAUGACCUACAUCUGCGCCGGCAGUGGCGCAUCGUGCAAGUGCUAGCAGACCAUUUCUGGCGCCGCUGGAUUAAGGAAUACUUGCCAACGCUAGCCCGGCGAACCAAAUGGCACGGAAGAACAGAGAAGAAGGUGGAAGUACGUGAUGUGGUGGUCAUCGCCGACGACAACGCAGUGAGGAUCACAUGGCCGAAGGGGAUAGUGACGGCGACCUAUCCCGGCAGAGACGGCCUGGUGCGGGUAGCAGAUGUCAAGAUCCAGACUGGUGUGUUCCGCCGGCCAGUAGCCAAGCUCUGCGUGCUAGAUGUCCGUUGUGUUAGUGACGGAUAA